GAGACUGGCACUCGCAAGGAGACUGGCGCUGGCAAGGAGAUUGGCGCUGAGAUUGGCACUGCUGGCAAGGAGGCUGGCACUCGCAGGGAGACCGGCACUGGCAAGGAGACUGGCAAAGAGACUGAGAGUGGCAAUGAGGAGACUGGCAAGAAAACUGAGAAAACGGGGAUAGACUUGCUUAUCCAGAAUUCGCGCAAGAUGCUGAACAAAUAUUCUUCUGUGAAUUCCACGGUGUCGUCUCUCGUGGCAUCAGCAGAGAAAGACCCCAAAUUGAACUGGAUGAAUACGGACGCUGACGGGAAAGCCUUGCUGGCUACGGGGAAUGAUAUGCGCCGGCAG